UCGCGGCUGAUAAUUCGCGGCUAGCUUCAGCUUGGUCCAAAUCACAUGUCAUGCAUGCGAUGCACAAGUCACAUAAAUCGCAAAAGUAGAAGCUUAUGAAGAAGUGAUCACAAACAGCCAUUUCAAACUCGUCAUGAUAAAACUGUCCAUUUUGUAUCACUAUCAGUCACUAUUCAGUAGCAUCAGUCUUUGAUCAUGUGGUUCCUUCAGCGGCUUAGAGCCACAUUUGGAACCCUCAGCACCUCAUCCCACUUUCACAAUGAGGUACGAGUGAGGUUUGCUCCGAGUCCAACCGGUCAUCUUCAUCUUGGAGGCCUCCGCACUGCUCUUUACAACUACAUCUUUGCCAAGUCCCAUGGUGGCCGUUUUAUUUUGAGAAUUGAAGACACAGAUCAGACAAGACUUGUCCCUGGAGCUGAGGAACAGUUACAGGCUAUGCUACAAUGGAGUGGUUUAUGCGCAGAUGAAGGUCCCAAUCAAGGUGGAGAAUUUGGGCCAUACAAACAGUCAGAGCGACUGAAUUUAUACAAGAGUCACAUUGAGACAUUAGUUAAGUCUGGCGCAGCCUACCACUGUUUUUGCUCAGAACAAAGACUAGAGCUGCUCCGUAAAGAAGCCUUGAGAAAUAGGCAGGUUCCUCGAUAUGACAACAGGUGCAGACACCUAACAUCCCAUCAGGCACAAGACAACCGGCAUUCUGGGAAGCCGAGUGUUAUAAGAUUUAAGCUAGAUGUAGAGAUGGACUUGUUUGAGGAUCUUGUUUAUGGACGAACUCAACAUGACACUCAUCUCAUAGAGGGUGACCCGGUGUUGAUUAAAAGUGAUGGUUUUCCAACGUACCAUUUUGCCAAUGUUGUUGAUGAUCAUCUGAUGGGGAUUAGCCACGUACUGCGGGGCAUGGAAUGGUUAACGUCUACACCAAAGCAUCUGUCUCUUUACAAGGCCCUGGGAUGGAGCCCACCUAAAUUUGCUCAUCUGCCUCUCUUACUCAAUAGAGAUGGAAGUAAGUUAUCAAAGCGACAGGGGGAUAUCUAUGUGCAACAUUUUAAGGAUGCAGGUUUCUUGCCAGAGGCUCUUGUCAAUUUCAUCACAUUUUGUGGCUCAGGCUUUCAGGAGAAUCGAGAACUGAGAAACAUGCAGCAACUUAUCCAACAGUUUUCUUUAAGUCAAGUGUCUACCCAUUCAGCAGUCUUGAAUAUGGACUUACUACCAGAUGUAAACAGGAGUCACAUGAUACAUCUCCUGACCAAUCAGAAGGGGAGAUGCAGACUUAUUUCAGAGUUACGAGAAAAACUCGCCAAGCUAAAAACAGAAAAAGAAGAUGGAAGUAGGGGAGAGACGAUGGAACUUAAAGAUGAAUAUCUCCUGAAGGUUCUUGAAGCAAGGAAGAACCAUAUAAGCAGGAUAAACGAUCUAUGUCAACCAGACUACAGUUAUCUUUGGCUGAGACCAGAUGGACGAAGGGAAGACUUUAUCGCUGUUUCAGAGAAUGCAGAGAUUAUUUUGAGUGAGGCAUGCCAGGAGAUUGAAGGCCUACCAGAGAGUGUUUAUGAAGAUGUAAAGGAGUUAUCAGCUCAAUUGAGAAGAUCUAGUGACAGGCUCCAAGGAGUGCCUUAUGCUGUCUACAUGAAGGUGCUACGGCUUGCACUCAGUAAUCUUAAGCGAGGAGCAAGUGUGGCAGAAAUGAUGUCAGUUCUAGGAAAGGCUGAGGUUGUGCAACGGUUAAAUGCAUCUGUACAGAGUGUUGUCCAAGAUACUACAGGAAGUGUUAGCAGAUGAUUCCAGUUACCAGACUGCUCUUCCAUUGCUAGUAACAGACAGUUUAAGCCUAACAAGCCAACAUAUGGACUUUUUGCCCAAAUUAACUCUUGUCCACAAUAAAUGCUGUACAUGUAUAUUACUGUAUUAUGCAAGAAGCUAUCAGACCUGGCAUCAUCCUCUCUGUGCAGGAGCUCGUUGGUGGCUGGCGCUUCCAGACAUGUUCAGGGGCCAUAUUUUAGCUUUUGAUGGUUCCUGUCAAUAACAUACUGAUACUUUGAGACCACUGACUCUUUUAAGUAAUGGUCUUUUCAGCGCCUCACGGGGGUCAAAAUAGACAAAUAAAAUGGCUGAUAGCUGUUCUUUGUGCGUUAAAACGGACGCAUGCGCUCAGCGUCCAUGUAGCAUGUCGCUGUAAACAAGACCAUAUAUAGACAAAUGAGAUAAUACGCGCAAACCCGUUCCCUCAAAAUUGAUACAUUUUCAGCGCGUACGCCCCCAUGUUACAGGGUUUUGACCAAUCAGAGACUUGAAACCGUCCAAGGUAUUUAUUAAUAGCUGAUAAAUUGAGUUGCAAAGCAGCCCCAAAGAACACAAGGCUUAGACUGACUUUCCUUGCCCAAAUAACUCUUUGCAACAAGUAAAUCAAGGAUGUGAUAGAUGUUACUAGGCCUGACAUUAUCCGCUUUGUGCAUGAACACUAGAGGGCGCUUGUUAUUAUUUCAGAACUGAUAUAACGUAGGAAGUUAAAAAUGAAAGUGAAGGGUGUAGUGUUCUCCUAUAAGAUGCAUUAGUUUACCACAUUAUGUUAUGUGUACAAAUUGAACCUAGGCUCAUCUUCAAGCAUGGUCUCUAGAACUUGGAAGGUACAAUAUCCCACAAUUGACCCUUCCCAACCAUACAUAACACGUAGUUUACUGAUACAUAAUACUGAGUGCUUCAAGUGCUAUGGUUAUAACUGUGACUCCUGAUGUAAUGAUCCUGCUGGGUUCUAUAUUCCUGCAGCAAAGCUGAGGGGAAAUGACACACUUGGGGACUCACAUUAUUACAAUAAUAAUAAAUAGUUUUAAUAUAGCGCUUAAUCUAGGGGCGUCACAAAGUGCUCAUUGUUUGUUUGAGACAUUCCACUCAAACAUUUCCAACCAUAGCACGAGAAAAAGCAGUCAAUAUUUUAUAACACUCUGUACCCACACACUAUCAUGUUUGUCGACCACAUCACAGGAAUGCUGCAUCGAGAACCAGGUUGUUUAUUUAUCAAUUUCCCAAGAACCCAAACAUUUUUCAUCAUUUUUUGUUCUCAAGUUAGCCACUGACAUGACCAAGAUGAGAAAAAGUGAUUGAUAUUUAAAAAAAUGCUUGAACAAUUUGGAUGGUGUACAUCGGGGCACAUGUACAUUACAAUGGAGAGUUCAUUCUACUGAACCAUUUAUAUUCCAUGGGAGCUCUAACCCACUUCAGGGCAUUCAAAAAACAUUCAAAAUAAUGACAAGAACCAAUAAAGAGUGGAGAUUAUCAUUUAUGAUUUUAAUCAAGUUUAUUUGUGAAGUCAAAUACUUAUUUUGUCUUGCCCCAUGAUUCACGAUGUCACAAACUCGUGGUCUUUCUAUUUCUCUCAUUCCACUUAGACACACUACAUAUAUCUGUGAAUGUGGCAAUUGACUAAUUGUAUUUUUAGGCUCUUGCUUUUUAAAGCCAUUGGACCCUUUCGGUAAACAGUAUUUUCCAAGGCCCACACUUC